CCGGCCGCCGCCCCGCCCGCCCUGGGGCCGUGCUCCGCGGGAGCCGCCGGGCGGCCGGAGCGGGGCUGGCGGCGGCGGGGACGCGGCGUCUCAUGCGCUGCCUCGCUCUUCUCCCCUCCCUGCCUUGCUGAAACCCGAAGGAUGGCAGCCGCCUCGCUGCGCUACGGCGUGACCAUCACCGGGGCCGUGCUGCUGGUGACGGGGACGCUGUGCUUCGCCUGGUGGAGUGACGGCGAGGUGGGCUCCUCGGCCGGGGCUCGCCUCCUGCCUCCCCGCGAGGCCCAGGCGGUGCCCAGCUCCUCCAACGCGCUGCUGCGCUCCGUCAGCUUCUUCUGCUGUGGCAUCGGCGGCAUCCUCCUCCUCUUCGGGCUGCUCUGGUCCGUCAAGGCCAACGCCAGGGUGGUGUCCCGGCGCUACCAGUACCACUUCCCCCGGGACCUGCAGUACUUCACCGCGGAGCCCCUGGAGAAGUGGCACUGCAGCUCCUGGGACUCCAGCGCCAUCCCCACCUACGAAGAAGCCCUGACCUGCAGACCUGCCCACGGCGCCCCAGCCUUGGUGCAGCCGGCGGCGAGGAAGGAGGAGCGGACGCCGCCGCUGUACCACUACCUGCAGGAGGACGAGCGCUGGCAGGGCGGCCGCCGCCGCAGCUCCUCCGACAGCGCCCUGUUCCGCCCCAGCCCCUCCUGGCUGGAGGCCCAGCGCCCCGGGGAGCCGCGGGCAACGCCACCACCCAGCUACGAGAACAUCAGCGGCCGCGGCGUCUGAGAGGGCGGCGGCGCGGGGCCGGACUCUGGGUGGAGGCGCGGGGGCUGUCCUGAUUUCCGAGCGAUCGGCCUGGGGCUGCGGGUUCUGCGGGUGAUGCGUUUGGGUAGCGGCAUGCUGGGAAGCCUUUGUAUUUUUAAUAAAACCCCUGGGGAGCUCUUA